UGUUGUUGUUGUUCUUCCUUGCGACCGCCUAAAGAUUCUCCCUCGUCUCCCUAACCUUCUCCUCGCAUCAAUUGUGCCCAUUCUUCCCUUCGCUUACACUCAAUCAUUAUAGAACCCUCGGCUUGAGGCCUCUUAUGGUCAGCACACAAUGACCGUCACUCGAUCCCAAACGGGGAAAACCCCAAAGAAAAUGGAGCGGCCCGGCUUCGUCGAGACACCUGGCCGCCGAGUAACCCGCAGCGCAAGCGCCAGAUUGUCGGAGGAGCCUUCCGACUCAACAGCUGAAGGAUCGAAGUCGACAACCCGGAGACGCACUUCUGUCAAGAUCAAGACUGAACCUGUGGAGGAAGAAUCAAAGCCCUUUGCGACCAAUGGUCAUGCCGACGGUUCUGAUGUCAAAAAGGCUCGGAUUGUGGAUGGGUGGGAAGAAGGGAAGGACCCCAAAGUCGACUACAGUGGCCACUUUGAAUUUGGAGGAUCCUUCGGUGUCGCGUCCAUGAUGAUCGGAUUUCCGCUACUGAUGUACUACAUGUGGAUUGGUGCCACCUACUACGAUGGCAAGUUUCCUCGCCCCGCCGAAGGACAAAGUAUGUCGGACUUCUUUGCGCAUCUGGGACACCUGGUAUAUGAAGGUGCUUUCCCGUCUCUCAAGGCUUGGACGAUCUACUGGGUGUUCUUCAUCUUUGAGGGAAUUUGCUACCUCUAUCUCCCCGGUAUCACCGUGAUGGGUCGUCCUUUGCCGCACUUGGGAGGCAAGCAGCUGCCAUACUACUGCUCUGCUGUUUGGUCCUUCUACACCACUAUCGCGCUGGCCUCCCUGCUUCAUAUUACUGGUAUCUUCAAGUUGUACACUAUCAUUGACGAGUUCGGCCCUCUCAUGAGCGUCGCUAUCCUUUCUGGGUUCCUUGUUGCUUUCGUGGCCUACUUUUCGGCAUUGGCACGCGGGGCGCAACAUCGCAUGACCGGGCACCACGUCUACGAUUUCUUCAUGGGUGCCGAGCUCAACCCAAGAAUGUUUGGCAUUCUGGACUUCAAAAUGUUCUUUGAAGUUCGCCUUCCUUGGUACAUUCUGCUCUUCGUUACCUUGGGUGCCGCGGCCAGACAGUAUGAAGUCUACGGCUACGUCUCUGGUGAAGUUGGUUUCCUUCUCAUGGCGCACUUCUUGUAUGCGAACGCCUGCUCUAAGGGUGAAGAGUGCAUUGUGUCUACAUGGGACAUGUACUACGAAAAAUGGGGUUUCAUGCUGAUCUUCUGGAACCUCGCUGGUGUUCCCCUGAGCUACUGCCACUGCACAAUCUACCUGGCCAACCACGACCCGGCCACGUACCACUGGAACCGCUACUUCCUCACAUUCCUCUACGUCGCCUACCUCUUCGUGUACUGGGUGUGGGAUACGACCAAUAGUCAGAAGAACCGUUACCGCCAACAGGAGCGUGGAACGAUGGUGUUCCGCAGCACUUUCCCGCAGCUGCCUUGGCAGACCCUGAAGAACCCCAAGACUAUCACGGCUGAGGAUGGUUCGAAGAUCCUCGUCGACGGCUGGUAUGGCAAGGCACGCAAGAUCCACUACACCUGUGACCUGUACUUUGCCCUCAACUGGGGCCUCAUUACUGGGUUCAGUAGCCCCUUCCCUUGGUUCUAUCCUCUGUUCUUCGCCUGCAUGAUCACUCACCGUGCGAUGCGUGAUAUCGAGCGUUGCCGGAACAAGUACGGCGAGGCCUGGAGGGAGUACGAGAGACAGGUUCCUUACCUGUUUAUCCCGUAUGUGUUCUAAGCGUCUCGAUGCGCCAGCCCACUCCUCAGCGCAACCUGGGGUUUCAUAUCUCCUAGUCUGGGAUGAAGGUAGGGCCUUACAUUUACAAGCUUCAUUGCUUUUGACCGAUCUUAUCAUAUCUUGUUGUAAUCUCUCUUAUUUGCUCGAUCCAUGCGCUCGAGUCCUGACUCGAAUACGCUACAGUACAUGCAUUAUGUCUUGAUUUUAGUUCUGCAUGAGGAUAAUUCCUCAAGUGUCGCAUUUCACCCUUUCCUGUUAGAUCAUGAACAUUCUAUGUACAUUAUUAGAUUGCUUCUUUAUUUUUUCUUUUUCUUUUUUUCUUGAAUCGGCUUCUUUCAUCUUUCAUGUAUUCCCGAACCUAGUUGCAACCAUUAGGUAGCAAGCAUUUUACUGUACCCUAAUUAACAUAAUACCAAAUGGAUAUCAUAUAACCAAACUGCAGUCCAAACAAUGUACAAU